GAGAUCAAGAAUAUGAACAUGAAGACAGGGAUAACCUUGAAGAUCAAGGGCAAGAUUGCUGAUGAUGCUAAGGGCUUUGCGAUAGAACUGGGCCAGUCUGCUGACAAACUGAACCUGCACUUCAACCCACGCUUCAAUGAGUCCACCAUCGUCUGCAACUCUCGGGAUGGUAACUGGGGCAAAGAGCAACGGGACAAUCACCUGAGCUUCAGUCCAGGGUCAGAGGUCAAGUUCACUGUGACCUUUGAGAAAGACAAGUUCUUGGUGAAGUUACCUGAUGAAUACACAGUGACCUUUCCCAACCGGCUGGGCCACGAUCACCUGAACUACCUGGUCGUGAAGGGUGGGCUCAAGGUCUCUUCCUUAAAGAUUGAAUGA